CCAGGAGUCGACGUGUACAGAAGUCCUGCUAGUCUGGUCCUUGUUCGCGUCUGGGUACCAGCUUUCCUUCAGCAGUGCAGACGGCAGAGCCUGAGGCCAGUAGAAAGAGGACUCAACUUGUCAGAAUUUUGCAGGUCUGUUAUUCCUAGCACUACACAAAGCUAGAAAAGGCGAGGAAGAAACCGUUCGGAUCAGUACAAGUAGCAGUAAUUGUAUUCAAAGAGGAAUAAACCAGUGAAAAAAAGGAAAAGGAAAGAAGGAAGAGAGACUCACAAGAUGAAACCCUGUCAAAAAACUGAAGGAAAACCAGAAAAUGAGAGUGAAUCAAAGUUUGAGGAAGAGCCAAAGCCUGAGGAAAAACCAGAGUUGGAAGAAGAGCCAGAGGAGAAGGAAAAAACGGAAGGAACUUUUAGAGAAAGACUGAUUCAGUCUCUCCAGGAAUUUAAAGAAGAUAUACACAACAGGCAUUUAAGUAAGGAAGAUAUGUUCAGAGAAGUGAAUGAAAUAGAUGAGAUAAGGAGAGUAAGAAACAAACUUAUAGUGAUGCGUUGGAAGGUUAACCGAAACCAUCCUUAUCCCUAUUUAAUGUAGUUUGCCUUGAUUUUAAUUUUUUUCUGAUAUUAACAUUGUCGUAUAGCUUUUCUUUGAUUUGCAUUUUCCUGAUACACCUUUUUCCAUCCAUUUUUAAUUUGUUGCUAUUACUGACUUUAAGUGCAUCUCUUGUUAAUCUGCAUCUCACUGUUUAUCAUAUUUUGAACCAAUACAAAAGUCUCUGCCUUUUAAUAAGAGAGCUUUACUCAUUUGUACCUAAAGAGGUUCCUGACAGCAUAUAAAAUGAAAAAAAAUUACUAAUAUGUGAAUAUCAUAUUUUUGAAAGCAAGAAUACAUUUGUAUAAUACCUAUAUGCAAAGAAAAAUGUGUGAAGGGUGAAAAUACAAAAAGUAUAGUUAGUGGCAGGAUUAUGAGUAAUUUUUUAUUAUGCUUAUUUGUAUUUUUCCUUACUCCUAGAAUGUACACACAUUAUUGUUAAAAUAAUAAAAGUUUUAUAA